CACCACCCCCCGCCAGCCAUUGAACCCGCAACCAUGGCCCUGCCCCUUCGCUGUGCCCGCGCCCGCGCAGCGAUGCCGGCCCCGCUGCGCUCCCUCCGCGUCUCGCCGUUUUCCACCUCGACCGCCCGCCCGGCCGCGCGCCUCAACCACGACGUCCGCAUCACCAGGACCGGAAAGCCCAUUCUGACCGUGUCCGCCGGACGCUCCUCGCUCGGAGGCUACACGGCGACGGUAUUCGGAGCGACGGGCUUCCUGGGCCGCUACAUCGUCAACAGGCUGGCCCGCUCGGGAUGCACCGUCAUUGUGCCCUUCCGCGAGGAGAUGGCCAAGCGCCAUCUCAAGGUCACCGGUGACCUCGGCCGCGUGGUCUUCAUGGAAAUGGACCUGCGCAACACGGCGUCGAUCGAGGAGAGCGUGCGCCAUUCUGACAUUGUCUACAACCUCAUUGGCCGCGACUACCCCACCAAGAACUUCAGCCUCUCCGACGUCCAUGUCGAGGGCACCGAGCGCAUCGCCGAGGCCGUCGCAAAAUACGACAUCGACCGCUACGUCCACGUCUCCUCGCACAGCGCCACCCUCGACUCCACCUCGGAAUUCUACCGCACCAAGGCCCAGGGCGAGCAGGUCGCCCGCUCCAUCUACCCGGAGACCACCAUCGUGCGCCCCGCCCCCAUGUUCGGCUACGAGGACCGCCUGCUCCACCGCCUCGCCUCGCCCUCCAACGUCAUCACCUCCAACUGGCUGCAGGAGCGCUUCAGCCCCGUGCACGCCAUCGACGUGGGCAUGGCCCUGGAAACCAUGCUGCACGACGACACCACCGCCGCCGAAACCUACGAACUCUACGGCCCCACCGAGUACACCAUGGCCGAGCUCAACGACCUCGUCGAGCGCGAAGCCAUGAAGAAGCGCCGCCACAUCAACGUCCCCGCGCCGCUGCUCAAGCCCGUCGCCCGCCUCGCCAACCGCUUCCUCUGGUGGCCCAUCCACUCCGAGGACGAGGUCGAGCGCGAGUUCAUCGACCAGGUCAUCGACCCCACCGCCAAGACCUUCAAGGACCUCGACAUCCAGCCCGUCGAGCUCAGCGGCCUGACCUUCGAGUACCUCAAGGGCUACCGCAGCUCCUCGUACUACGACCUGCCGCCCAUGUCCGAGCGCGAGAAGCGCGAGGAGAAGAAGUAUCUGCACGUCAUCGAUGAUCAGUAGUCGGAAGGAGACGAGAAAAUGGAAGGAAUUGUUGUGUAAAUACCGAGGCUUGCCCUGUUUUUCUUUGCGAGGUAGAUGGGCGUGCUAGAGAAAUCCCAUCGUGUUUCCUUUGUGCAUGUUUGU